CCUUUUGUGAGUGUGGACGCUUCCUCUCUUUGCUCUUCAUAUGCUUUGCUUCUUUUAUUGAUUUUUAUUGAUUUUUAUGCUGAUUUUUUCCUUUUUUUUCUGUAUGAGCUUACCUGCGAGAGCUUCUGGACGCUUAUAGAUCAUUAGGACUAAAGUGUUCUUAACAGAAACAGCAACAUUUUUAGUUACCUUAUCCUCAGCGCUCCGUGUGUCUGUGGCCUAGACACAGCUGAAGCCUGAUUACAGCGUCUGGACUCCAAACAGCCUCAAUAGCCUGGAAAGGUGCUAACCGCUAGGCUAACUAGCAACAAGAUGCCCUCCCUCUCCACAGAUGACUACCACAAACUCCUGCAGAAGACUGCAGUACUGGAGACAAAAAUUCAUCGCUUAGAAGUAAAUGUGGAGGUAAAUGGACUGUGUGGAAAUGAAACAACCUUGCCUUUGAUUCAAAGCAAUGGCGAUGAUCAAGCUAGUACACAGCUAAGGAGCACAGAUAACAUGACCAAGAAAGUAGACUCUGUGCAUUAUUAUAAAUCAUCAAGUGAAAAUCCCCCCUUGGACUGUCCUGAUGCAAAACCAAGACAUAAAUCAUGUCUCCUGGAAGGGGGAGGACGUAUCACAGGCAGAGCACAGCGAGCUGAAAUCUCUGAAACCAACUGGCCUUCACUUCCUACGAGACAGAGAAGCUCUUCUACCCCUGUAUACGGGAGGAAACAGGACUGGACAACCGUGAAUAGGAAGGUUAACAACAAACCUCCAAAACAACUGAAUGUGAAACUGCAGAACAGAUUUGCUCCACUUUCAAAGGACCCUGCAUCUAUAUCGGACAACCAUCCAUCUAAAAGUAGCAAAGUAAGGUCUGAAAAUCUGUUGAAAAGUAAAAGGCCACAGGGAAAGCUAAAGGCUAGGCCUGAAACUCUAAUUGUGGGUGACUCUGCCGUAAAGGAUGUACAAAGGAUGUGCGGGUCAAACGAUGUGUCCAAACAACAAUCGGAGGUUCUGAAACGGAACUUUACUGGAUUAUUAAACACUGUAAACUCUCUGAAUGCAGCUGUAUUCAUCAGUGGGCCUGUACCGCCCGUCAGAGGAGGAGACGAGAGAUUCAGCAGAUUGUUUGCACUGAAUAAAUGGCUUAUAUCAGCAUGUACUGACCACUCAGUGCAUUUUAUCAACAACUUUAAUAUUUUUUGGGAACGCAGGCAUCUGUUUAAAGUAAAUGGAUUUAAUUUUAACAAGUCAGGGGUGAAACUGUUCACCUCCAACUUGUUUUAUUCCAUACGUCAUCCAUCUGUGCUUGGUGCCAAGGCUGAGAUAAACGAGGAGUUAUCUCAUAAAGAGGAACAAACAGUACUCCAAGAACAAACAAAGCCCAGCAGAAACCUUGAGGAGGAGCUCCAUCUGCCCCCACCCGGGAAGAGCCUGAGAAAGGAGAGACAUCUGAGGCAAGAAGAGGGGUCCCUAUUUGCCUCCAACUCUCUCAACAACACCAACGACCAGGACCAGGGACCACGACCUUCCCCAGUCCCCCAAACCCCUGACAGGCCAUCACCCUCCUCCCCCUCCCUUUCUCCCUCCUCCCCACACCUGAAAUUCACUGAGGAGAUGAUGGAGCGUGUCAAUGCUGGGCUCAGAUCUACCCCCCAGCCCAAUCCCUUUUUGUCCCCCAUUAACCCCCCACCAGAGCAGCCAAAGGUUCGCCAUCGAGCCCCGCCCUCAACAGAGCAAUCAAAGUUACACUGCGCAGCCUCGCCCCCCUUAGUUCCUCCUUACCACCUUCAUGCUCUGUCUCUGCAGUCUGAUGUGUGAUGUGUGGAGGGUCCGGGCUGCGAGGAUUAUGACAGUGGUGACUUUUCCCAGGAGAAGCUGGGACCCUGUUUACUAGAAGGUUUUAAAAUUUCUGUACUUUUAGGUGACAGAAGAAGACAUGUGGCCUG